AUGGAAGUCUCCACCAUUGACGAUCCACUACUGGCGGACAUUCCAGACACUGUUUGGCUUUCUGCCUGUCGGGCUAAUCCACCGUUCAUCCUCGGACGACCCCCACACUCCAUUAGCUCGAUUAAUCGUCUAUCUACGCUUCUUUUUCACACUCAAGCUCUACCUCACCCGAACAAACUAAUUGUUGCGGAUCUCAACCUUCCUGAGAUUGCCUGGUCUCAACAAAACUCCCCUUUGCGCCUUUCGCCUCUGCUUGCUCAGCUUAAUUUCGAAGGAUGGUGCCAGAUUGCAAGGCAACCGACACGCGGUGCCCACACCCUAGACAUUGCCCUUGUAAGACAGAGACGUGGCUCUCUCCCAGCACACCUAAUUCUCUUAUCUCCCUUCCGGAUUACACUAUCUUCCGUUCUGAUCGUUCCCACCGCCAUGGAGAUGGCUGCAUCAUAUACACCAGAACUGAUAUGGAAGUCUCCACCAUUGACGAUCCACUACUGGCGGACAUUCCAGACACUGUUUGGCUUUCUGCCUGUCGGGCUAACCCACCGUUCAUCCUCGGGUGUUUGUAGACGACCCCCACACUCCAUUAGCUCGAUUAAUCGUCUAUCUACGCUUCUUUUUCACACUCAAGCUCUACCUCACCCGAACAAACUAAUUGUUGCGGAUCUCAACCUUCCUGAGAUUGCCUGGUCUCAACAAAACUCCCCUUUGCGCCUUUCGCCUCUGCUUGCUCAGCUUAAUUUCGAAGGAUGGUGCCAGAUUGCAAGGCAACCGACACGCGGUGCCCACACCCUAGACAUUGCCCUUGUAAGCGGCUUUCUGUGUCCCACCGCGGCAGUUGGCCCGAAGUUUCCUGACGGCGACCACUGUAUUGUAACUUGCAGCUGGAUGAGCCCUCUUUUGUCAUCCACCCGGACUGCUGUGGAGAAUGUGCAAUGCUCAUUUACUAAGGCCCUCUUUCCGGUGUCAUCCACAGUACCGUAUCGUCUUCGCUGCUUGUCACUUGGGCUGGAUCCAUCAUGGCUAAGGCGCAUCAGGUUGGAUCUAGGCCUCCUGCAUCGCUUAAUCUACUGGCGCGCUUACUUAUCUGACUGCGGCCCUGAACUUUCUUCACGUACUCCCUAUAAUAUUCGUAACGCAGGAUGUUUACCCUCACUGUCGUUAUGUCGAACUGUCUUUAGACAAAACCUUUUCCUUUGCCUUUGUUCUAAACUACGGAACAAGCUCCCCUCCCAUAUCCGUACUAUCUCAUCCCACUACACAUGCUCUGAAUAUCUCCAUUCUACUCCAAUUGCCCAAAAGGUAGUUGAUGAUUCAUUUGCUCCCGCAACUUGCCUCUUCCGGUGGCUGUUUGCUGUUCGCUUGUUCGAAAUGACUGGGCUGUUUUACUGGUCUGGUUUUCCCCUGACCGGAUAA